AUGGCCCGCCGUCGAACGGUUUACGUAUGCCUCUGCCUUCUCGCGGCCGUUCUCGUCGGCACCGUCGUCGUCCUCUCCUCCAUCUCCUACUAUCUCAACAUCGACCCCGCUGCCUACAUCACGGAGGAGGAGCUUGACGCACCAUUCGACAAUUCGAGAUGGAAUGCUUCACAGCAUGGAAAAGUAGAGCGUGUCCCUCGCAUCAUUCACCAGACCUGGAAGUCGGAGACGUUGCCUAAAAAAUGGACAAAAAUCUCUCAGCACUGCCAGGAUAUCAUGCCUGACUACGAGUACAUGCUCUGGACAGACGCAAGCUCACGUGAGUUUAUCGCGAAGGAGUACCCCUGGUUCCUCGAUACCUUCGACGGCUACACAUACCCCAUCCAGAGGGCUGAUGCCAUCCGCUACUUCGUCCUCUACCAUUAUGGCGGAGUGUACAUCGACUUGGACAUUGGCUGCCAGCGGCCCAUGGACUCCCUCCUCACCUACCCCGUGAUUCUCCCUCGCACCAUCCCUGUCGGAGUGUCCAACGACCUCAUGUUCGCCGAGAAGAACCACCCGUUUAUGGCUCAGACGAUGGGCAAUCUCGUCGCUUGGGACCACUCAUGGAUCCUUAACUACCCCACGGUCAUGUUUUCGACUGGCCCCAUGUUCCUCUCUGCUCAGUACGGCGCAUGGACCUCUGCUCAUCCCGCCACUCCCGAAUACCCAGGCGGCGAAGUUCGCAUCUUGCCCAAAUCACUCUACGGCAAGAACGCUCUACCGGAAGAAGCGCCGCAUACGUUCUUCUCCCACUACUACGGUAGCAGUUGGCAUGCGGAUGAUGCUGCGUUCAUUGGCUUUUUGGGCCAUUGGGGCAAGGUGCUCAUGUGGGUUGGGCUGGUGGUUCUCGUUGGCGGGUUGGUCAGGCUGGCACUGGCCCCUCACUCCCGACAGAGGAAGUACAGUCUCGGCCGCAUUGGUGGCUACGAUGUGAUGAUGCCUCGCUGGAAGAAGCGCAACCAGCGAUGGUAUCUCGAUCUCGGCUGGUUCGCAUUCCCAUCAUCAUCGUCAAACACGCCGCACCCUCCCGCCUCCCCCGUUUCCGUCACGUCAUCCGACGAAGAUGAGGAAGUCCAUCUUCUCCCGCUCUCUCUCGAUAUUCCCUCAAGUCCAACUCCUUCGGAGGCUUCCUUUACGAGUCCACCACCCAGUUAUUCGGUUGUCGGUACAAUGCGACGCGCCGCCAACGGCGUCAUGUCUUACUUCUCACGUAGUUCCGAGACUCCUGGCUCGCCGUCGCGGUCACGACGAUUGAGGCGCAGCCGGGGAGUACUAUUCUUCCUCCCCGCAUUCUUCACGCCAUCAACCGGCAACAUUGAGCUGCCUUCUGAGAGGAGUAUCCCGCGAAGUCUCUCACGAGGUAGCCAGCUCUUGCGCAGCAGCUCGAGGGAGCCCAUUUCCACGGAGUACCCUCCCGAUAAGCCACGAUACCGAGGCCAGGACGACGAAGGCAUACACAGCGCGAGCCGCCUGCUUGUGCCACCACCCUACGAUGACUUGCGAGCGUCGUCAUCGACGUCGCCAGAUGCCUCCACAAUGUGCUGAACCACGCCACAGACCCUGCUCAGCUAAGGCAUGCGGUGCCUGGUCGAGCGCUGCUAUGGGUUGUUGCCGUGCCUGAGAACCCGUCAAAUGUGUACUAUUUCUGCUUGGAGCCAGCCGGGGGGGUUGUCGGAACGGGACGAGGGAGGUUGGUAGGAGCUGCACGCUUUGGGCGAUAUGGACCCUUGGGAGUCUCAUUUACCUGUCCCGUUCAUCGAGAUAACGCGGCCGGGGCAUCUGCUUCUCUUUGGUUAGAGCAACACGAAAACGAUCACACGAUAUACCCUUCACCCCACGUAUUUUCAGCCCUGUGCGUUCGCACCACGGUUUCGGAGGCCUAGUCUCACCUGGGUGCAAUCGGUACGCCACCCGUAGGCGUAUUCCAAAUCUCACCCUGUGAUGACAGCCCUGCGAAACACAGCGGCCUUGCACGUCCACUCGUUUAUAUUCCUUCCUGGCUGCGAGGACUUGUGCACACAGGACACUUCUUUUUAUUUGCUGCGUAUCAUAUAUAAACUUUCUUACUAGCUCCAUAGUAGCAUAACUCUGUCUGCACCUGCAUGUUUCCUACCUUGCGCGUCAUAUCGCACAAAUCACAAACACAGUUCAAACUCC